UUAAAAGUGACGUAAUAUUGACCCGCCAUGUGUAUAUAGUGCUCAUGCUUGUUUUUUUUUUCAAGAGCGAUAGACACCGCGCUGGUUUAUAUUUUUCUGUGUUUAGUGUGAUAUUGUAGUUCUCAGACAUAACAAACAUGGCUGCUAGUUGUCGCAGACCCGAGCACAUGGCACCUCCUGAGGUGUUCUACAAUGAGGAAGAGGCAAAGAAAUAUUCUCAAAACUCUCGGAUAAUCGAGAUCCAGACCCAGAUGUCGGAGAGAGCAGUGGAGCUGCUGAACUUGCCAGAUGAUCAGCCUUGCUAUUUGCUGGAUGUAGGCUGUGGCUCUGGACUCAGUGGAGAUUAUUUAUCAGAAGAAAGCCAUUACUGGGUUGGUGUGGACAUCAGCACUGCCAUGUUAAAUGUUGCCUUGGACAGGGAGGUGGAUGGAGAUCUCGUACUAGGAGACAUGGGACAAGGAAUGCCUUUCAGACCAGGGACUUUUGACGGCUGUAUCAGCAUCUCUGCCCUGCAAUGGCUGUGUAAUGCGGAUAAGAAGACACACAGUCCACCCAAGAGACUCUCUAGGUUUUUCAGCACACUGUACUCCUCUCUGGCAAGAGGUGCUCGUGCGGUCUUCCAGAUUUAUCCGGAAAAUUCUGAACAGCUGGAGCUGAUCACAGCCCAGGCCAUGAGGGCAGGCUUUACCGGAGGCAUAGUAGUCGACUACCCCAACAGCAGCAAAGCCAAAAAGUUCUUCCUCUGCCUGUUCGCUGGUGUAUCUGGUGUCUUGCCCAAGGGUUUAGGGACGGAGACUGUUGACAGGAAUGUUUCAAAUCAAGCACAGUUUACAGGACAGAGAUCUCGCUUCAAAAACUUGAAAGGGAAGUCCCUGAAAAAGAGCAAGGACUGGAUCAAGGAGAAGAAGGAGAGGAGGCGAAGGCAGGGCAAGGAGGUGAGGGCAGAUACGAAAUACACAGGCCGCAACCGGAGGCCUCGCUUCUGAAGACUGUCACGAUGGAUGGACUGCCUCAGGCUUCGUCUUUGUCUCUUCACAUGGAUUUUAUGAACUAAAUAAGAUGGCCGCUUCCGUGGAUUUGAGCAUUGUGGAACUUUUCUCUUUUCUGAACAGACAGACAUGUAUGAUGAAAUAUGACUGAAGUGAAUGGGAGAAAUGACUGCUAUGGUUUUAGACAGCAAAAUAUUUCUUACUCAUUUUGAAGGUGUGAAACUCUGUUUUUACAUAAAAAUAGCCUUCUUCGCUUGUGUAUUAGGAUGUUGCCAGACCAUUAAAAGGAUCAUUCAAGGCAAAA